AUGUCCAAUAAUAAUAAUAAUAACAUUAAUAGACCAAUUUUACAAGAACGUUCUAAACAUGCAGUCGAUUUAACCAACAACUACUUUCCCGAAGUUAUCAAUGAAGUAGAACAAAAUAUAAAGGAGCACGAUGUUGUUGUCGUCGGUAUGGCAUACAAUCCAUUUGUCAAGAACAUUAGAAAGGAAUUGACUGAUGCCGGUGUACCCUUUAAAUACCUUGAAUACGGUUCCUAUUUCUCUGCUUGGGACAAGAGAUUAGCAAUCAAGAUGUGGUCUGGGUAUCCAACCUUCCCACAAGUUUUUAAGAGCGGUGAAUUGUUGGGUGGAUAUGAUGUAGCAAGUGCAUCCAUCAAAGACGGAUCAUUCAAGAAUUCAACUCCAGAGAGUUCAUCAAAAUAA